ACCGCGAAGAUGAUGCUCUAAAGGGCCCUUGACUCCGAGAAAGUUCGACGUUUCUGGCCAGGGGUAGUACGGGGAGCUAAAUCCGUGGCUGCUGUUCUGUCUGUAGUCUUUGUCACACUCGUCAGUCCGACCGAGGGUUUUAAACCCCGUUUCCCACUGCCUUGUCGACCGUGGAUGAAGGAGCUUUUGUGUACGGCCGAGUACUCGUCAUCGAAAGCAGAGCGAGAACUAAAUGUCUGGUGAUUGAAGAUUUUGGAUUCUUCUAGGGGCCGGAAGAUAGACGAGGGAACAGGUUCUCUUAACAAGUUUUAUGAAAUCCUAAAGUCCCAGAUUCGGGAGGGAGACAUUCGGAGGAGUAUUUAUUUGGUGAUUUUCCAGAGUUUUGGGAGCAGCAGGAGUUUGAGAUUCUGUCAGCUUAAACCCUAAACCUUGCGUGGAAUUGCAGACUUGCUCACGAGCGCAACCAUGAUAGCCUUAGGGUUCGAGGGCUCCGCAAACAAAAUCGGAAUCGGGAUUGUGAAAUUGGAUGGCUCAAUUUUGGCCAACCCACGCCACACGUACAUUACACCUCCUGGUCAUGGAUUUUUGCCGCGAGAGACAGCUCUUCAUCACCAGGAACACGUUCUUCCUCUGGUACAUGCAGCAUUGAAGGAAGCGAACAUCACACCGGACCAAAUAGAUUGUAUAUGUUACACCAAAGGACCUGGAAUGGGAGGUCCUCUACAGGUUGCUUCUAUUGUAGUUAGAAUUCUGUCGCAGUUGUGGAAGAAACCUAUUGUGGCGGUUAACCACUGUGUUGCUCAUAUUGAGAUGGGAAGAGUGGUCUGUGGAGCUGAGGAUCCCGUGGUACUUUAUGUAAGUGGUGGGAACACUCAGGUCAUUGCGUACAGUGAGGGACGAUACAGAAUAUUCGGAGAAACUAUCGAUAUUGCGGUGGGAAAUUGCUUGGAUCGUUUCGCCAGGGUUUUAAAAAUCUCCAACGAUCCAAGUCCUGGUUACAACAUCGAACAGCUUGCGAAGAAUGGGAAAGAGUAUGUCGAGCUCCCAUACGUUGUCAAGGGAAUGGACGUCUCCUUUAGUGGAAUUGAGAGUUUCAUCGAAGAAACCGCAAACCGGAAGCUGGCCGCCAACGAGUGCACGCCAGCAGAUUUGUGCUUUUCUUUACAGGAGACUGUGUUUGCCAUGCUGGUCGAAAUUACGGAGAGAGCGAUGGCGCACUGUGAUAAGAAGGAUGUGCUGAUAGUCGGCGGUGUUGGCUGUAACAUAAGGUUACAGCAGAUGAUGCAAAUCAUGUGCGAAGAGAGAGGCGGGCGUCUGUACGCAACAGAUGACAGGUACUGCGUCGACAAUGGUGCCAUGAUCGCGUAUACUGGUCUUCUAGCGUUUGCGCACGGGCAUGCCACACCGAUGGAAGACACCACUACAACCCAGAGAUACAGAACAGAUGACGUACUGGCCGUAUGGAGGGGAGUAGAGCAUGCUCCUGUCGGGAAGGACGAUGCUGUCAAUGGUGUCAGUGGAAAAUGCGGAGUUGCUGACCUUCUUCAUACUUCGGACACAGCAAUAGCUUCCAACUGAGAAGAUUACUUCAAGGGAUUGAAGUGUUUGUGCUUAGUUCGAGGAGUUACUCAAAUCGGCUAUAUCGCGAAUUGCAGCAAUUUGUGGCGUGAAGGCCGAUUUAUUCUGUGUCAAGAGAUUCGAGUACUGCAAUUUUGCUCCCGCAGUUUCCUCACGUAGAUCUACAAGUGACCACCCGCUACCAUUUGUCUGACAACGGAUAAGAGCAAGCUCGACAGGAUAGAUAUUCGAAGCUGGAUGAAUCAACACUGCUCGCGAAAGGCGUUCUGGUAUUCAGUUUUGGGUUUGGUGGCGACUAGUGUUGGGUUUAAGUUCCUGAAGUAGCUUAUGUACCAGAGCCUCACCAUGUCUUUGUCCGUGGAGAUGUUAAGAGAACCACCUGCAUCACGGAGAUCAAUUCGGACAGGUGCGAGUACUCGCAAGUGUUGAAUAAAACGUGAAAGGGUAUUAA